UAACCGAGAACGUCUCUGCUAUCAUCUCAUCAUCAUCAUCAUCAUCAUCAGGGCGUAGCAACAAAAACAGUAGCGGACCAUCUUAUCAUACUAUCAGCCCAGCCUUAUCAUGACAACAGUUUAUUUUUAAAAAGAACACAAGAUGAUGUUUUGACUUGGUUGAAAAUGAACAAACCCAAAAUGGCCACAGAGAAGGGUGUUCCCAGUAACUCCAGGGUAAUGAUGCUUCUUGGCCAGCUGGAGAGGAUGAAUGGGGAGUCCAUGCUGAGGGAUGUUGAAAUGGCAAGACAGGUCACAACAAAGAUCCUUCAUGUCAUACAGACACAAGAGAAGAGUGGAAAAGAGGUGAUGUCCAAAGGAUCCUCUGGAAUGGAGGUCAUCUUGGCUUCACUGGAGAACAGCAGGGAUGUCCAGACCACCCUAACCAUCUUGAGCAUCCUCACUGAGCUGCUAACUGUUGGCAGAGGCCGCAGAGUGGGCGUGUUUGUCUCCAAAGGAGGAACUGGAGUAUUAUUCCAGAUUCUGGUCAAUGCCAGUAAAGAGUUUCCUCCCAGUGAGGAACUCAUGCUGCAGCUUCACUCACUGCUGGCUAAGGUUGGCCCAAAAGACAGAAAGUUUGGAAUGAAGGCACGUUUAAGCGGCGCUCUAAACGUCACCAUCAACUUAAUGAAACGAAAUCUACUGAAUACAAAACUACUCCUGCCCUGUCUGCAGGUGCUCAGGGUUUACGCCACCAGCUCUGUGAAUGCAAUUUCAUUGGGGAAGAAUGGCGUGGUGGAGCUUAUGUUCAAGGUUAUCGCACCGUACAGCAAGAAGAACACGAGCCUAUUAAAGGUAGCUCUGGACGCACUGGGAGCUCUGCUCAAAUCCAAAACAAAUGCUCGUCGAGCGGUGGACGGUAACUUUGUUCCCGUCUUGCUUAAUCUGUACCUGGACUGGCAUCGCAAUGACGCACGGCAUCGCUAUAUGCUGAUUCGUAAAGGGCUGCUGGUCUGCCUCAAAAACAUCACUAACAUCAAAGUUGGCAGGAAAGCCUUCUUUGAGGCCAACGGCAUGAGGAUUCUUUACAACUCAUCUACUGAGUGCCUUCCAGUGCGGACUCUGGAUCCUCUCGUCAACACUUCAAGUCUCAUCAUGAGGAAGUGUUUUCCUAAAAACCGCCUGCCUCUGCCGACUAUCAAGUCGGCCUUUCACUUCCAGCUGCCUCACGUUCCUGCUGACGGGCCUGUGGCACAGCUGUACAGCCAGCUGCCUGGAGUGGACGAUGUGGUGGAUGAAAGUGACGAUAACGAGGAGCCAGAGGCAGAUUCGGAUACAGAGAAUGACGAAGAUGAGAAGGACAAUUGUAGUCUGAAUGAUGACAUAGAAACAGACAUUAACAAGCUACAUCCCAAAAGGUCCAUCGGCCGUUCGUUUGAGGAGUUGAAGUUCUAUAAGAAAUUUUUCUCAGAGUUGUUUGAAGAUUUUCAGCGCUACGACUUUGAGUGCUCAAAGAGUCUCUCAACAUCUUCAUCAGCAUCCCUCUCCUCAUCAUCGACUCGGGUCGCGCGGCCAAUCGCUCUGCCUGCAGCUUCAUCCCAAAAGCAAAUCUCACCAAACUCUCAGGAGGAUUUCAACUUUGUCAAAAGACUUCACACUCAGCAGUCUCCUUCCACUCCUGCUUCUACCACAACUGCUCCUCAAACACCUAUAGACCUGGAUUCAAUCCAUAUUAAUAAGGAUGAAGAUAAAAAAGAGGACGCCAAGUUUCCUUCUCCAGAUGGACAAACCAUUUCAGCCACCUUCUGCAGGUCCCCAGAACAGGAACUCAUACACCCACUGGAGUGUGUAUCUUUAGAGGACAAAGGAAAUCUGAGAGCAGAAGUUGGAUCAGAAAGAGUGAAACAAGAAGGGUCUCCAGUCAACAAUACGAGGCACAUACAGUCACCUUUGCUCUUAGGGGGUAUCCCUACCCGUCGUGUGGGAGGAGGCGGGAGUAACUGGGGUUCAGACUGUGGCUCAGAGGGCACCGAGGAUGAAUCAGGGGAAGGAGCAGUCCUUGAGGUGCCGGACACGGCCCAGCUUCUUCCCCUGCAUGAUCCAGACCUUUACGUGGAGAUGGUAAAGGAGACGUUUUCUGUCCCUCGAUACGCUGAAGUGGCUUACCCCGACUACUUUGGUCAUGUUGCUCCAACAUCUAAGGAACCUCUUCUGGAGAGACUCUACGGUGUUCAGAGGUCAAAGAUAUUUCAAGACAUUGAACGGUUGAUCCAUCCUAAUGACAUUCUGGAUAAAGUAGUUUAUGACCUGGACAUUCCCAGUUGUCCCGUGGUUGAAGACAGUGGCGAAUCGCUAAAGUUCAACUCCCAGUUUGAGUCGGGCAACCUCAGGAAGGCUGUUCAAGUUAGAAAAUACGAGUACGAUCUGGUGCUGAACGCAGACAUCAACAGCAAUCACUACCAUCAGUGGUUCUACUUCGAAGUGAGUGGCAUGCGUGUCGGAACAACCUAUCGCUUCAACAUCAUCAACUGUGAGAAGUCCAACAGCCAGUUUAACUACGGCAUGCAGGUGCUGAUGUACUCUGUGCAAGAAGCCAUCAGUGGCCGACCAUGCUGGGUCAGGGCAGGAACAGACAUCUGUUACUAUAAGAAUCAUUUUGCAAGGAGUUCCAUUGCAGCUGGUGGGCAGAAGGGAAAAUCCUAUUACACGCUGACCUUCAGCAUCACCUUCAGCCAUAAGGAUGACGUCUGCUACUUUGCAUAUCAUUACCCGUAUACGUACUCCUCGCUGAAGAUGCAUUUGUCCAAGCUGGAGGAUUUGAGGACUCCUCGGAUUUAUCUGAGACAGGAUGUGCUGUGUGAAACCCUCAGCGGGAAUAGCUGUCCUCUUCUCACCAUCACCGCCAUGCCCGAGUCCAACUCAAACGAUCACAUCUGUCAGUUCAGGAAUCGCCCGUUGAUCUUCUUGUCAGCCAGGGUGCACCCCGGAGAGACCAACGCCAGCUGGGUAAUGAAGGGCACGCUGGAGUUUCUGAUGGGCUCCAGCCCACUGGCAGCCAGCCUCAGAGAGGCCUACAUUUUCAAGAUAGUUCCCAUGCUCAACCCCGACGGAGUUGUUAAUGGAAAUCAUCGUUGUUCUCUGAGUGGGGAGGAUUUGAAUCGCCAGUGGCUGAACCCCAAUCCCGAGCUCCACCCUACCAUCUACCACACUAAGAGCCUGCUGCAGUAUCUUGCAUACAUACAAAGAGCCCCACUGGUGUUUUGUGAUUACCACGGCCAUUCCAGGAAGAAGAACGUCUUCAUGUACGGCUGCAGUGUGAAGGAGACAGUCUGGCAGACAAAUAUCAGCGCCAGCUCAAGUGACUUGCAGGAGGAUCUCGGAUACAGGACUCUUCCUAAGAUCCUGUCCCAGAUCGCCCCGGCCUUCAGCAUGGGAAGCUCCAGUUUUGUCGUGGAGCGUUCCAAAGAGUCGACCGCCCGUGUUGUUGUGUGGAGGGAGAUCGGAGUCCAGCGCAGUUACACUAUGGAGAGCACGCUGUGUGGCUGUGACCAGGGCAAAUAUAAGGGACUUCAGAUUGGUACCAGAGAGCUGGAAGAGAUGGGAGCUCAAUUCUGUGUGGCUCUGCUGAGGCUGAAGAGGUUAACUGGUCUCCGCAAUCACCAGAAUCUGCUGGAUUUAGAGUGCGACAUCAUCGGGACGCAGUCAAAAGCAGCCAGCUCCCUGACUACCUAUGUGAUGGAGGAGGAUGAGCCAUCCUUCCUGGAAGCGAUAGACUACAGCGCUGAAAGCAACGACGAGGACGGCGAGCCCGAAAACGAACUCUGCUGUGAAGUUCAGGAGAAUUUUGAUCUACUGUCAGACUCUGAAACCACCACAGGGACUAGUUAGUGAUCAACUUUGUACCUGCCUCUUUGACCUUUUAACUAGCCAAUGCUUGGUGGGGGUAAACAAAGAUGCCACUGGAGUAACGGAAAGAAGCGUCACCUCUCACGAUGAAAUAACUUAGUCACACCUGAACGAGCCCACCACCUGCCUUUCUCUUGCUUAAGCAGCAGUAAGAAUCAGGAGUGAAUGUUUUCCUCACACUGUCCCACUGUUCAUAAACCUCAGACACCUUAUAGCCUCUGAGUGUCACACGUUAACGACCACAACCAGGCUUAUGCAGCAGGCAACACUGUCGUUGACUAAAUAAAGUUCUUCAGAGCUGCUUACACAGCGGCAGACCUGCCUUCCCGAUUAAACGUCCUUCUGAUCCUCAUCUCAUGUAUUAAACCCACCUCACCCCUCAUUUGGUGCAGUCUCUCACAUGCUGUUUGCCUUCCUAUUUACCAAAUUGAAACUAUUUAUAUCACAUGAAUGUAAAAUGUUCAAAUCUUUAUAUGUAAAUGGGCCUUAUUCUACACAAUAUGGAGAUGUACACAGCAGACUCACCAUGGCUUGUCUCACGUUUUUAGUUGCACUCGGCUGUUAGGCACUUUGAUUGAAUGUAUAAAAUAUCCACAUGUCCUGUCAGUGUUCUCACUGUCCUGAUAACCAACAGUAUCCUAAAGCAGAAACAAGCAACUGGUGUUAAUUAAAACUUCAUUUUGCACUGUUUGUAUCGAGUUAGAGCUAGGACUAGUGUAAAACUCACUUUAUACAUCACUAAUAGAGAAAAAGACGUUCUCAAGGCCCAGCAAAAGGUGACGCUCUCUUUGUUAGAUUAUAUUUAUUAUAGUAUAAUGUUGCCUCCUUUGCUUCCUUUUAUUCUAUGUGUAGAUUUUGCACAUUUGCAUUGCCCCAUGCAUAAAAACACAAUUGGUGCUGUUUAUCAAGAGUAAAGAUUGGUUUUAAUGCUUUUACAUUAAUAUAUAUAUGUGUGUGUGUGUGUGUGUUUGUGUGUGUGUGUGUGUGUGUGUGUGUUUCUGUUAGAUCUGUACAGAUAGUUAGUGCAUGGCUUUUUUGUUCUUUUUUAAAUUAUUCUUAAUUUAUGGAGUUUAUCAGGUGCAUCUUGCAUGUUUGUGGGAAUCACUUUUGGUGUCUAAUGUGUGUAUCCCUGGAUUUUAAGUUAUUCCAUUAUUUAGCUCAGCUAAAUGCUCUUAAAAAGAUUAUUUUCUAAGUUACUUUCCAAACAUUGUCUUUCUUCACUUUUUCAUUUGAUCUUUUGUUGUUUUCACAUUUUAUUCACAAGCAUCUUAUGAACCCAGAUCAGUGUGUGUGUGUGUGUGUGUGUGUGUGUGUGUGUAAUAAGCUGAUUUUGUGUUGUAAUAUGAACUGUGUGUACUAUCAUACUUAUGUUUGGAUCAGAUUGGGUUUAUUCUGCUCUCAGCUCUUGCUUUAUUUGCUUUGAGGUCAACAAGAACAAAUGGUACUAUAUUUUGAGUUGAGUGGCUGUAAAUUAAAGGUAAAAGUAAAGGCUUGGGAAAUAAACUGUGAACGAAAUAA